CAGCUGUCAAAAGUGCGCUUGAAUGAAAUUGAGUCGGAUUGAGCAGCUGUGGUUGAAUGAACGGUGUUAUUGUGACCGUUCUUGUUGCUGUGUGAAUAUUUUUUUGCCAUUUUUCCGCCUCGCUGAACUGUUUUUGACAAUUUUAUAAAUGAAACGAGACUAACGUGACUGUGAUUUAUACUUAAACCAGUGAAUACAUUGUGAUUUUUCUACUCUGUUUUAAAUUUCAUCGUAAUUGAGAAAUAUUUGCUGUGCUACUAUUAUUAGCAUCCAUAUUUUGCGUAAUAGAAAUUAUGAAUGGCUACGAAAGUUGUUUUGCAUUAAGUGAAUGCUGCUCAGAAUCGCGUGGAAACAGCACUCCCUCUAACCGCAUCACUUCCCAUUCGACGUUCGCCAGCGCCUCUCUUCUCUCUUGCCUGUCUUCCAGGGGUUCAGCAGAUUGUGCGCGCGUGAUUUUGGUUGCACUAAGCGAAAUUCGAUUCACAGCAAGAGAGCAUGCGCGCGCCGCUCAGUUCAGCUUAGACUAAGGGGCCGGUCGGUUGACAAUUUGUGUGUUUUGGAGGGUUUUUUUGUUCGCGUUUAGGCUCUUUGUUUGUGUGAAAUAUGUUAAUUUGGGUUUAUGAAAUUUUAUGCUGAGGCCAGCAUGCACUACUCUGUGCAUUGUUCAGCGAGAUUCUGCUGAAGAGCCACUUAGUCACGGUUUAGUCACAGCUACGGUUGGUUGACCCCAUUUCCAGAAUCGAAAAAAAGGGACACACAAUUUAAACCGCGUCAAGUGCGCCUAGUUUACAUAAUCGGGGAAUAUCAAUCCAGUGCAGUGCCAGCUGGUUGAGCUGUAGAAUUUGGACGAGCUCCGUAUUAAACACAUAUAUUGGUCCGAAGUGGUGUUGGUGGAACUAAACUGAUAACACCUGAUAAAAUUGCGUUUGGACUGAGAGACGUCGUUGAGCUUGUGAUGCAGCAGUGAUUGUGGGAUGUGCCCUGGAAUGGAUGUACGACGCGGAAAGGAGAUAUUAUCAGCUGUUGUGUGACUUCUUGAGGCGUGUGUCAAGUAGCGCCGUAGAAAACAGUAGUGCCUACGUGACUGCGGCCAGGAGGACCUAGAAGAUGGUAGCGUCGGAACCGGCUACGGCGGCGGCCCAGCUGCGACCCCCGGACGGAGGCUGGGGAUGGAUGGUGGUGUUUGCGUACGGGUUGGCCAACAUCAUGAUCAUCCCGGUGCUGCAAAGCUUUGGCCUCAUCUUCAAGGACACCUUCCAGCAGAUCAACAUCUCCGCCACGGACGCUUCGCUCAUCAUCAACCUGGCCUCGGCCGUCGGCAUGACGUUCGGUCUCUUUAACGGACCCCUGCUGCGCAGCUACGGCUUCCGGCGGGUGGCCUUCCUCGGCGGAACCAUGUUCUCGCUGGGACUUAUGCUCACGUCCAGUGCCGAGACGUUCACCCACUUCAUCAUCACGUACAGUAUUAUUGCCUCUCUCGGAAUGGGCUUCUGCAACUCGUCCUUUUCGCUGGCCCUCAACACAUACUUUGUGGCCCGGCGGAACAAGGCGGCCGGCAUCGCGAUGACCAUCACGGGUCUGGGGCCAAUCUUGCUGCCCCAGCUGGUGUCCCUGUUGGUCUCGCGGUACGGCUCGCGCAACUGUUUGCUCAUCAUCGGAGCGCUGGCCACGCACAUUAUGGUGGCCGCCCUCCUACUGCAACCGGUCAAACGGCACAUGGUACCGGCGGUCGAGCCGUCAAAGUCGCCGGCCAAACCGGUGACGCCUCCGAUGAUCGCUAAGCCGGUGCAGAUUCCGAUGGAGAAGUCAGCACUGGAGGAGGCGUACUCUGUGGUUGAUGCUCUCAACCCCAAAGCUGAGAGUCGUUGGGAGCUGGACUCGGACAACGAGGACGACUAUCUCGAGCGGCAAAACUUUAUGGACAAUUACAACAUCGACGCGCAGAGCAUCUACGGCUUCGAGCAGACGACCCAGCCCCGCCACCGGGACUCGCUGCAGGUCAUUCCUCCCACACUGCUUCAGCUGGCACGUGCUAAAAGUGAAAUGCUGACUGUCGCCCAGCGUCGACCCUCGAUGGCCGAGAUGCUGACCUACAAAACGUACUCCCAGAAGGCGUUGGAAUCUUCACCACUGGGAAAGCAGCAGCAUCCGGAGUCAAAACGGUGGUUCCAGUCCGGGUCGGUCGAGAGUGUCAACUUGGAGAGUUCAUUAGCGCUUUUUGGUGAAGCGGAAAAAGAUCGCCGCAACACAAUGGACGUCGCUGCGGGUGAAGCGCCCAAGAAGAGGGUAAGGACGCUCAGUGCAACAACUUCGCCGCCGACCACUGGGAAACGGUGGUUCGAGAGUGAAGACUCGGUUCACCUCGCCAGCUCGGUGCGGAUAUUUGACGAGCGAGGAACCCGCUCGAUGCCGAUUCAGCUGCAGACGAUUCCACAGUCAAAGGUUGUCAGCGACGAUCAAUCGCGUCUUCCGUCGAUUAUCCGGAACUCACCGGACGCAGUUCGACCUACCUCGCCAAAGACGACCACGUUUGACCUCAGCCAGGUCGACAGUGCCAAAAAAGUACCUCCCAGUAGCAGUAAGCAAACCUUCCUCCAGAAGCUGGUCUCGAUCUUCGAUCUGACCCUGCUCAAAGACAAAAUCUACGUUAACAUGAUGCUGGGCAUGUCAAUCGCCGUGUUUGCCGAGAUCAACUUCUCGCUCCUAACACCCUUCAUCCUGAACGACUUGGGCUACCAAACGGAACAGAUCGCCUCGGUCAUGUCGACGCUAGCCAUGACCGACCUGCUGUUCCGAUUCAUUUCCCCCUUCGUUGGCGAUUUCCUCAAGCUGAAGCCACGCGUCAUGUACAUGAUCGCGCUCACCAUGCUGAUCGUGACCCGGUUCAGCAUCCUGCUCGCCCGCAACUACACCGAAAUGCUCGUCGUGGCGUUCUUCCUCGGCGUGGCCAAGGGCGUCCGGACGGUGUACAUGGGACUCGUUAUCCCGAGCUACAUCCCGAUCAAGCGACUCCCGGCCGCUUCCAGCAUCCAGAUGAUGACCAACGGGAUCAUCCUGAUGACGAUCGGACCGCUGGUGGGCCUCAUCCGGGAUCUGUCCGGAAGUUACUCGAAAAGUAUCCUCUUUAUUAACGUGUUCACCAUGGUCACGUUGGCUAUGUGGGCCGUCGAGAUGGUGUACGUGAGGCGGAAAGUGAGCGAAAAGGAGGUGAAAGGGGAGAAGGUGGCCACGGAAGGGAUCUCCUGAAGAAGGGAGGUUGGUGAUUGCAAUUUUGGUGGUGCUUUUGCUGCUAGUGAACCAGUGAGUAGGCUUAUAGAGACGAAUCAAUAUUAUUAUUUAUAUCGAA